AUGGACGAUUAUGAUCAAGGUUUAGAGGAGGAGCAAGAGGAAGAGAGAACAGAGGAGAAGAUAAUUAAUGAAGAAUACAAGACGUGGAAGAAAAAUGCGCCAUUUCUUUAUGAUAUGAUUCUCAGCACAGCUCUGGAAUGGCCAACCCUUACAACACAGUGGCUACCGGAUAAGCAAGCUGUCCCUGAUAAAUGCUACUCUACCCAUCGCCUCCUUAUUGGAACACAUACCUCGAGCGAUGCUCAAAAUUACCUCCAAAUAGCACACGUUCAACUACCCAAUCCACGAACCCCCGAUGCUGAGGACUAUGAUGACGAGAAGGCUGAGAUUGGCGGAUAUGGUGGGGGAGGGUCGAAGAAGGCGCCCAUGGAGGUGAAAUUCAACAUUGUCCAAAAGAUAGAUCAUAAAGGCGAAGUAAACAAGGCAAGAUACCAGCCGCAGAACCCGAAUGUGAUUGCGACCAUGUGCACGGAUGGUAGAGUGAUGGUUUGGGACCGCUCGAGACACCCCAGUCUCCCCACAGGUACCGUUUGUCCUGAAUUGGAGUUGCUGGGACACACGAAAGAAGGCUUUGGUUUAAGUUGGAGUCCGCAUUUUAUUGGCCAUCUCGCGACUGGAAGUGAAGACAAGACUGUCCGUCUUUGGGACAUAACGCAACACACAAAGGGCAACAAGGCUCUUAAACCCUCCCGGACCUACACCCAUCACUCCUCCAUCGUUAACGACGUUCAAUACCACCCUCUCCACUCCUCCCUAAUCGGCACCGUAUCUGACGACAUCACUCUUCAAAUCCUCGACAUUCGUGAAGCGGACACCACACGCGCAGCCGCAGUGUCAAAGGACGAGCACAAGGAUGCCAUAAACGCAAUCGCAUUCAACCCAGCCAAGGAAACCGUCCUCGCAACCGGUUCCGCUGACAAGAGCGUAGGAAUCUGGGAUCUGCGAAAUCUGAAAUCGAAGCUGCAUGCGCUGGAAUGCCAUACCGAAUCCGUGACUUCGUUGUCGUGGCAUCCGUUCGAGGAAGCCGUUCUUGCGAGUGCUAGUUAUGAUCGGAGGAUUAUGUUUUGGGAUCUCAGUCGGGCUGGUGAGGAGCAGACGCCCGAGGAUGCGCAGGAUGGUCCGCCUGAACUGUUAUUCAUGCACGGUGGCCAUACGAACCGCAUCUCCGAUUUCAGCUGGAAUUUGAAUGAUCCCUGGGUUCUGUGCUCCGCUGCAGAAGACAAUCUGCUCCAGGUCUGGAAGGUAUCGGAUGCCAUUGUGGGAAAGGAUAUGGAGGAUAUUCCUACUGAUGAGCUGGAGCCGUAG